AUGUAUCGACUUCUCUUGGUUCAGAUGCUACAUUGUUGUUUCCUGGUGGCCCAUUCCUGCCCUACUCAGUGUACUUGUGUUUACCAAGGAGGGAGCAAUGGGACAGGUCUCAGGUCUGUUUUGUGCAGCGAACCCAGCAUGUCAGCCAUCCCCCUCAAUGCUCCAGCCGACACAGUCAAGUUUCGUCUGGAGAAGACCUCUAUCUCCAGAGUGCCCAGGGCAGCCUUCUUCUACCUGUCUGAGCUCCAGUUCCUGUGGUUGACCUACAACUCCAUCACCACCAUCCACUCCAGCAGCUUCCUUAACUUGAAGGCGCUGCGUGAGCUGCGAUUGGACGGGAACCUUCUCUCUGCCUUCCCCUGGGAGGGGCUUAGGGACAUGCCGCGGCUGCGCACCCUGGGUCUGCACAAUAACCGCCUCUCCAGCCUCCCUGCCCAUGCUGCCCUCUUUCUUCCCAACGUCACCUACCUGGACCUGUCCAGCAACAGACUGACCACUCUGCCCUCAGAGCUGUUGGACCUUUGGUUCCCUCCCCCUGCCCAACUAGCAGGCCCAACACAGAGAAGAGUGCUGGGUAUCCAUGACAACAUGUGGCAGUGUGACUGCCAAAUCUCUAUGCUGCUGGCCCAGUCUAAGUACCAGGAGAGCCCUGUAGUUCUGAUGGACCAGCUCCUCACCUGUAGCCGUAGCGGGGGAACUGCCGACCAGCUGGGGGCCCCCCUCACAGAGGCUGACUUGUCGCGGUGCCAGAGGCCCUCUGUCCAGCCCUCAGCCACCCGGGUUACCUCCCCGCUGGGCAGCAACGUGAUGCUCCGCUGUGAUGCCACAGGCUACCCCACGCCAGUACUCACCUGGACCAAAGCAGCAGGAGCCUCCAUAUACAACACAGUUAUUCAGGAAUCUCCGCGUGUGGGAAUCCGAUGGUCCAUCAUCAACCUAAAUGGACUUUCGUACAAGGAUGCAGGAGAAUAUCGGUGCCAGGCACGGAACAUGGCGGGAACAGCAGAAGCCCCCAUUAGACUUAGGGUGGUGGGGGUGAUCGCUGUGCCCCCUUCCAUAAAGAACAAGACCCGCAAAGCUCCUUCUAGAUCCUCAUCCAGCAACAGAAAACCUCUCCCACAAAAGCCGAAACGGGCACAGAAUAUUACUUCAAUCUCCACCUCAAAAAAGAAGACUCUUCUGAACCUCAAGUAUGUUACACCCCCCACUCCAACGAACAAGACCCAGAAUAUCAAAAUGGCCCCGGUCCCCACCCCCCUGAAAAAAAUGUCAUCGUCCUCACCACAGAAGUACACACACAAACGCAAAAAGACCUCAGCCCCAAAGUCAAACAGAAAACCUCAGAUAUCUGUCAAUACUAUACCAUCCUCAUCAGAAAAAACUACCACUACAUCGUCUUCACCAGAAAACAACAAGGACCAGAUAUAGUGGCCCUUUCAUCUGUUACUAUAAUAACCCUUCUUAUUCUAUGCCUUUCUGUUGGUCAAUAUUUUAAGGAGCUCAUACAUGACCCUUUAAAAACAGAGUAAUCAGUAGCCAACAGAGGGCGUCCAGAGCCCAGAGACAUGAAGCGCAAACUACUGUUACACUUUUUAAGUGACAACAAUUACCAUUGAGGAUCUGAUGUAUUCUUUUUCCAGAUGUGUUUUAUUUUGUUUGACUGUUUAUAGAGAGGUAAGGCUUAUCACCCUCUUAUCUGUGUAAGAUCUCUACUUGUGCUAAAGAUUACGAGGACAUAUUCCUACAAGGACAUAUUCUUACUAGGAGCUCAGCUAUAAAGGGCAAUUCUGCCACUUCAUAUUAAUUCUCUCCUCCACCAUACCAGUGUCUACAUGAAAAUGGUGUGUUUCUAUGAUCUCUGGUAAAAAAUAAAAAAAAAGAGAAGAAAGGCCCUCAAAUGCUUCUCUAUGAAAUAACAGGGCAGGAUUAAAAGUAAGAUUUUUUUUAAAUCAUGGCUGAAUUACCGACCGGGCAUGAAGGGCACGUGCCCCCAUUGAUUUUGUUAGCCACUCUCACUCAGAUUUAAUUCUAACAUGGCAUAAGUCAUGGCAAAAUGUGU